AUGAUUUUGCUGCUGCCCGUGUGUGUGUGGACACUCCGGCAGAGGGCGGACACAAAAGGGAGGGAUGCAGGCGCUGCGUGUGUGUGUGUGCAGGUGCCAUGCAACAACGUCACAACAAACAUGCUGCGACUCGGUGACCCUCACAUCGUUGUGGUCCUGACGAACAGCCCAUGCACGGCCCACGUCGAUGCACUCAGUGGACGGAGUGAGGCGUCUUUUGAGGCGCUGCAGGGAACAGGAUGUGUCGACGCAGCCACGACGUGCAUGGAGUGUCACGAUGGCACAGUCAGCUGUGGCUGGUGGAAUAUUUACUUCUCGGAGGCAACAGAGAGAGAGCUGCUCCUGCUGCUGCUGGCGUCGUUGCUGCCUCUUGUGGCCUCCCAUGCCGAUUAUUGUCUGUCCGCUGAUCAUGGGUGGUGCGCCUCCACUAGUGACGUUGUCUGCAGGCAUUUCACAGCACCAGUGAAACACACAUCACGUCGCAUGCUUUAG